GUGUCCGCGCACCGCGGGGGCGCGCGCCGGCCUCUGACUGGAGGCCGCGGCGACGGAGGCGCGAGCUGCCCGAUAAUGGCGGCCUGCAGAGCCCGUGAGAGGGAGAAGCGGCGGUGGCUACCCUGAGGUAAAUCCGGCCCUUCAGCCUGGCAGAGAGGCCCUGCUGCAGAGCCGAGGGUACUGCAUGUGCCCCCCUCUCCAGGGGGCCUGUCACAGACCUGUCAGCGGAGUCAACCUGGAGAAGGCCUCGCGCUCCUCAGGCCUCCGACUGGCACACCUCAGGCCACCGGCCCCAUCUGCGGCCUCCUCUUAUGACCCUGGCCUCGGCCUCCAGCCCCGAAAGGUUGGGGCAGCCGCAGGACUGGCCCCUGCGGGUGAAAGGCCUCGGGAGAAUCCCCUCCGGGUUCCGUCUGGACGCAGCUGAGGAGGGGGUGGGUCUGACACUUGGCCAAUGAGCUGGGCCCUGAGCCUCCGCGCCGGGCUACACCUCUGCCCAGGACUGGCCCUUGCCGGGCACCAGCAGGUGUGUGGCCUGGCCAGCCCGCGUCCGAGCGCUGAAUUAGCACAGCGGGCGUGAGGGCCCGGGAAAUGCCUGCCCAAGUCGCGGAGGUCCGCACAGGAUGUAUUACCGUGCUGCUUUGAUCCGGAUCGCAAGGAUUCCAUAAACACCCUCCCCCAUAUGGGACAGCUUCAAAGACACAGCCACUUUGAGAUGGACAAUAAUUGGAGAUCCACGGAGAGCACAAAAGAAAGUCUACUGUGUAGUCGGGGCACAAGAUUCUGGGCCAGGAAAUCAGACCCUAGGAAAUGCACUAGGAAUUUGCAGGAAACCCUGACCUUGAAGAUGGUGAGUAGCCAGCCAAAGUACGAUCUAAUACGGGAGGUAGGCCGAGGUAGUUACGGUGUUGUGUAUGAAGCAGUCAUCAGAAAGACCUCUGCACGAGUGGCAGUGAAGAAAAUUCGAUGCCAUGCUCCUGAGAAUGUUGAACUAGCCCUGCGUGAGUUCUGGGCACUAAGCAGUAUCAAGAGCCAACAUCCAAAUGUGAUUCACUUGGAGGAAUGCAUCCUGCAAAAAGAUGGGAUGGUGCAAAAGAUGUCCCAUGGCUCUAAUUCUUCCCUCUAUUUACAGCUUGUAGAGACUUCAUUAAAAGGAGAAAUUGCCUUUGAUCCCAGAAGCGCCUAUUACUUGUGGUUUGUGAUGGAUUUUUGUGACGGAGGAGAUAUGAAUGAGUAUCUGUUGUCCAGAAAACCCAAUCGUAAAACUAACACCAGCUUCAUGCUUCAGCUAAGCAGUGCCCUGGCUUUCUUGCAUAAAAACCAGAUCAUCCACCGAGAUCUUAAACCUGAUAACAUCUUGAUUUCUCAAAGCAGGUUGGAUACCAGUGACUUGGAACCCACAUUGAAAGUGGCUGAUUUUGGUCUAAGUAAAGUGUGUUCAGCCUCUGGACAGAACCCAGAAGAACCUGUCAGUGUAAACAAGUGUUUCCUUUCCACAGCCUGUGGAACAGAUUUCUACAUGGCUCCUGAAGUGUGGGAGGGACAUUACACAGCAAAAGCUGACAUCUUUGCUCUGGGGAUUAUCAUCUGGGCAAUGCUGGAAAGGAUCACAUUCAUAGACACAGAGACAAAGAAGGAACUUUUGGGGAGUUACGUAAAACAAGGAACUGAGAUUGUGCCUGUUGGGGAGGCACUUCUGGAAAAUCCCAAAAUGGAACUUCUGAUUCCUGUGAAGAAAAAGUCUAUGAAUGGGCGAAUGAAACAACUGAUUAAGGAAAUGCUGGCUGCAAAUCCUCAGGAUCGUCCAGAUGCUUUUGAACUAGAACUCAGAUUAGUACAAAUUGCAUUUAAAGAUAACAGCUGGGAAACGUGACACAUACAUUAUUUGCAAAUAUAUUGGAUGAUAUGCUGCUUCUGUUUUAACAGUGAUGCAACAUAAUGUGGCUGAAAAAGAAUAUACAAAAAUGAACUCCACCUUCUAAGGGGUUAGAGUUUAUUGUGGGAUGUUUUUUUCCUCAUUUUUCUUAAAGUCCAAGCUGGCCAUUUUGUUAGUAUGUUUUAAAUGUAUUACCAAUGUGGGUGUAAAUUUUUUUUUUAGUGAUCAUUGGUAGAAGUUUGGCAGGAAAUUUCUCUUAGAGCCAAGAAGAAAAGAGAGUCCAGUUUUCUGGAAAUAUGUCUCUUAAGUAUUUUAGACAUUCCUUGUCAGUAUUAGGAAUUUCCAUGGAAGAAGAGGUUUGCAUGCUGGUAAUGCAACCUUUGAAGCUUUGUAAAGGAAACAUAUAUGUAUAUAUUUAUGUAUAUGUAAGUAUGUGAAUGUGUGCAUUUUGCAUUCCAUAUGAAGAAAAUGCCACUUCUGUUUAAAUUAUUUGAUGUAGGUUUGGGUUUUUUGAGAUUUGCUGGUGAAAUCAGUGAUGAGAAAUAAAAGAACCUUCCUUCAUCAUCCUACCCUGUCCCUCCCUCUAAUGAAAUCAUACUAAGUUUUUUAUUUUUGUAAUAUACAGUUUUUGUUAAAGGGAUCAUUUUGGAGGGUCUAAAAUAAUCUGAUUAAACAUAAAUGAAAUUAAGUGAUCCAAAGCUGCUGAAGUAUGUUUGAGCUCUCCAGUGCCCUAUAGCUGCAGGAAUAGAAUUAGCCAUGCAAUUGUGUGGUAGCAGGUUGGCAAGGAUAUUGAUGAUUCAGUCAUACCUUCUUUAGGUAACCAAGCAUUCAAUUAACCAAUUAAACCACUGCACUGGGAUAUGUCUGCACUUGAGUUAUCUGCCAUCUGAAUACAGGAUUCUUCUGUUUCUGAAGACAUUGCUAUAUAUAUGUACUGCAAUACUUGAUAUAUUAAUUUUUUAUUUCAAGACUUUAUGUCUGAGCCUCAGCAUAAAAUUGAAGAAACCAAAUGAGCUCUAUCCUCACAUUACCUGCCCUGAUAGGGUCUGUUGUUUCAUCACUGGAAUUCCUUUCACUUUAGCACUAAUGCUGUCUUCUCUUGUCUAAUUUGACACAGUAAUGGUAGUGAUAUAGUUGUAUUAAAUGUUGAUCACCUUUUUCUAAUGUGGGAGAUGAUACCUAUAUAGUUUGGCAAAUGGAUAAUAUAUUGUGGCAUCAACUAUAUCUUUCAAUUAAAAAAGUUAGAGAUUUUAUACAAUCACUUGGUAUGGUCUAUGUCAAAACCAGUAGACCAUUAUUCUGGAAGUCAGUUUGAUUUUAACCCUACAUGGUUGCCUCCAGUUUGAUUUUCUGUAAAUGGAGAUAGUUAAUAUCUAAGGAAAGAGGGUUUUCCUAAAACAGAACAUUAAACUUUAAGGUUGGAGAGAACUUAAGACUGUGUAUCUAGGUUAAUCUUUAUUAAAGCACUAGAAUCUUUGGUCAAAAUUAUUUUAAAAGAUUAGAAUAUUGAAAUAAUUGAUAGUUUGCAUAACCUCUUCAGAUGUUCCCUUUGACCUCCCACAACUUUUGGAAUAUUGCUAUCAUAAAUUUUUCCUUAUUUAAAAUUUGUUCAGAGGAGGUGAAAAAGCACAAAGAAAUUAGAGUAUAUAAAAUCACUGAACUAUGUGUUACUUGAUCCGGAGGUUCAAAACUUGAACUAAAAGGUUUUAUUGAAAUAAAGCCUUUUAAAAUAAAAACAAAAAAAUAUCAUAUUAACACCAUUUUCAAGAUAACAAGAGGUGGAACACUGGCACCUCAUGAUAUUUGUCCCUCUGGAUCACCGAAUUAGUAUAACACAGAUCUGGCCAAAGGGAUUGAGUUAUUGGAAAUAAAAAACAUCAUUAUAACAUCUGUCAAUAACAUGACAGAGGUUCACGAUUCAGGUGAUAGUAUGCCAGUACUCCAUUUGCUCUUUGAAUAUCUCUAUGUGCUUGGAGCCAGGGUUUCCUAAGCACAUAGUUUUUGGUCCUGCUUUAUUUAAAAGUUAAUUAUAAUUUAUUUUGAAUGAUUUUACCUGUGAAGCAGAAUUCUUUCUUUCAUUGGUGGUAAGGGUGUGAGGUGAUCAGGAAGUUUCUUCUGGAAUUUUCUUGCGUCCUUGUAUUCUAAAAUAGACUAUGAUACCAAGCAAAAUGAUAGUAAAUUAUUUGUCUUUAUUUGUUCUUUCAGUCGGAGGUAUUUAUUAAGUACCUACUCUGUGCUCAGCACUAAAGGUCAGUUGAUAAAAUGACAAUUUAAAAAUGGUAUAGCCACAGGUCUUUUUCCAGCCAGGAGUCGGAAAUACAAGAUGAUUAGUGAUACUUGAAAAUUCCUGGAUAUUUGCUAGAGGAAAAAUGAAAGCAAGAAUUUGUGCGUAGUGCCUUGCCCAUAAUAGGUACUCAAUAAACAAUUAUUCUUCAUAGAGUCUCUUGCCAUGGUUUAUAGUGUUUUAUGAAAUUUGUCUUAAUUGAAAAAAGACCAAAUAUUUCAAAUAAGCUUAUAGGCAGCUGUGGCCAGUUAAAAUAUGGGGUUGUACAGUUAGUUCCUAGAAUGUUAUUUUGCACUAGUCGUCACUUAGAAAGAUGGGGGUUCCUGUAGAUUUUUUGGUGCUAAGGGAUACUUUGUCAUUAUGAUAAAGUAAGUGUUAAGUGUCAGAUAAAUAGCACACUGAAUUGUUUUUUCUCCUGGUCUGUUUUUUCCUCUUUGUUGUUGUUUUUAAUUGUAAAAUGUUUAUCAAACUAUUGUAGCAGCUACAAAAUAAUUCACCAGCAUGACAAAAUGGUCAAAAAAUAAGUCAUCAGCACUUCAAAAAUGAAAGCAACUUUUGAAAUUUUCUUUUAAAAUUGUUGAAUAUAUUUUAUGAAGAAUUUAUAAAAGGGGGGAAAUGAUUGUAAUUUAUUGUU